ACACUUCGUUCUAGGUCAUGCCGCGUGCUUGCACACUAUCCUGUCUAGUAUGACUGUGCAUCUCGCGAAGUUAGCAGAUAGAAGUGAUAAAUUUAGCCUUUCUAGUUAAUUUUCGGACGAGAAUGAGCGAAUAAUCACAGUAUCAAAUGAACACUGAUGUGAUACUUUUGGAUUAAACUAAGGAAUAAUUUAUGAACAUACAAUGUGUCCUUUCAAUGGUCUAACUCAAAUCUUAUUGCUCAUCUUGGCCAUUAUUCUGAUCAACACUGUCGUAAUAAAUGCCCUGUCCAUCAAAUUCGAAAAUGAGUCUGUUACAGUACACAUGGAUGAGACCAUAAGCGUGCCAUAUACUAUACUCAAAGACACGGCAGACGAAUAUGAAGAUGAUGGGACAUACUUACUGCAGUUGAAAUCGAAUGAUGGCAAUAUAGCAACUAUAGAUCAAGAAAUAUAUGUUACUUACAACGAACUACCUAAGUAUGCUUCAAUGAAUGUAACUGGAGUAUUUUUAGGAAAAACCUCAGUUUCUUGCAGAAAUGUUAAAAAGAACAAAACGUUAGAUGGAGCGUUAGAUGUAAUUGUUAUAAGAAAGCAUCGUUUAAUAGACACAAUUUUCACAGUGUCAGUGGCUACUUUAGUCAGUAUUAUUUAUAUAAACUUUGGAUGUUUUUUAAACUGGGGUGAACUGAAGAGAAAUUUGAAAAGACCCGUGGGUCCUGUGAUAGGAUUGUGUAGCCAGUUUAUAUUCAUGCCCUUGUUAAGUUAUGGACUCGGAAGAGUUUUGUUUCCUGAGAGCCCCGAAAUGCAACUAGGAAUGUUUUUCACAGGAGUAGCUCCAUCUGGGGGAGCCUCCAAUAUUUGGACCUUAGUGCUAGAUGGAAAUGUAGAUCUUUCCAUAACAGUGACUAGUUUGGGCAAUUUCGUAGCGCUCCUUAUGAUGCCGUUAUGGAUAUUCAGUUUGGGCAAACUGAUAUUUAACCAAGCGAAACUGGUUGUACCGUAUCGACACAUUGCCACUUCUGCUUUUGGAUUAAUCAUACCAUUAGCAAUUGGAUAUUUGCUGACUAGAUACUGCAAAAACUUGGCUUCAUUCUUGGCUAGGAUUUUGAAAGGAUUGUCCUCACUUCUGUUACUGUUUAUUAUUGUAUUUGCUACUGUGACAAAUUUGUACUUAUUCAAGAUUUUCUCAUGGAAGAUCGUUGUAGCAGGGAUGGCCUUACCAUAUUUAGGUUUCACAGCAGCAUUCAUUCUAUCCAAAAUAUUGAGACAAGCAGAUCCAGACUGCCUAGCAAUAGCUAUCGAGACUGGUAUACAAAAUACUGGGAUAGCUAUAUUUUUAUUAAGGUUCUCAUUGACACAGCCAGCAGCAGACUUAACGACAGUGUGCCCUGUAGCAGUUUCUAUGAUGACUCCUAUUCCAUUAGUAGGGAUCUACAUUUAUAAGAAAAUUCAAGCGAGCAAAUACAUUUCAGGAUACGAGGCCCUUCCAAGCACAUGAACAAUAAUGAGGGUAUUCUUAGAAAUACGGAAGAACCAGAAUGCUACACAAUCACUAGGCAAGAGGAAGAAAGACCUGAAACCUGAGAAGGCGUUCAUUCCAUUGAAUCAGUACGAAUGAGUAUUAUUAUUGAAUGUUGAUUUUCAAUGAAUUUUUAUUUAAGUGGUUGAUUGUUUUAAACAGAAAGAAUUUCAAUUGUUGACUUGAUUCGCAAUUACAGUGAAUGUUCAAUUUUUAA